AUGUCCUUCCCCAGUAGCUCUCCUGCGGCAAACACAUUUCUAGUGGACUCUUUAAUAGGUGCCUGCAGGACGGACAGCUUUUACUCCAACAGCAACAUGUACGUGCCGUCCGCCUCAGAAAUGGGAACUUACGGAAUGCAAACCUGUGGACUCUUGCCGUCUUUCGGCAAAAGAGGGGAGGUCAACCACCAAAAUAUGGGCAUGAAUGUCCACUCGUACAUACCUCAAAUAGAUAACUGGACUGAUCCGAACAGACCCUGCAGAAUAGAGCCGUCCAGUCAGAUGACAAACUGUUCAUUUUCACAGAGCAUAAAGGAAGAGAGUAACUGCUGCAUGUACUCCGAUAAGAGAGUGCAGAAAGUCAGCCUGACAGAAGUCCCCGCAUAUUCUGUUAUUCCCGAGUCCUGUCCCGUCGAUGGUCCCGAGAUCCCGGUCCCGGGCUAUUUCAGACUGAGCCAAACUUAUGCGAAUGGGAAGCAUCAGGAAAACUACUGCCAUGAGCCGCCGAGUCCAAACCCAACACUGAUGCAGCUGAGCCGGCUCACCCCGAAACCGCAGUCCUCCUCCUCGUCCUCUUCUAAUUUUGCAGAGGUGGAAAAGAAACGCGAGGACGUCCAACAAGACCCCGAGACCUCAAGGACUCCGGUCCCCCCAGCAGAAAGCCCGGAACCUCCCAAGUCCAGCUCUGAGGAGAAGAACUGCUCCAUGGAAGCCUCUGUGUCCAGUCCUGAGCUGCAACAGAAAGAAGGCAAAGACUGCAGUGACACCCCGACGAGCAACUGGUUAACAGCAAAAAGUGGGAGAAAGAAAAGAUGCCCUUACACAAAGCACCAGACCUUGGAGUUGGAGAAGGAGUUUCUGUUCAAUAUGUAUCUGACCCGAGAGCGCCGCCUAGAGAUCAGCAGGAGCGUCAACCUGACCGACAGGCAGGUCAAGAUCUGGUUUCAGAACCGCAGGAUGAAACUGAAGAAAAUGAACAGGGAAAACCGCAUCCGUGAACUGACCUCAAACCUCACCUUUUCGUGAGCCCGCAUGUAUCAGUGGUUAGCUAUCUUUUAUUUUUAUGUCUCUCAUAUUCAGUUUGAUGCUUUGGUGGCAUUGGACGUUUAUCUUCAAUUUCAACGAAACUGUGACUAUAUAUAUAUAAAUAUAUGCCAUUUUUAGUACUUUGUGUGGAGUCGUGUGUUUGUGUUAUUUUAUCACAGGGUAACACUUUUUUUUUGGUCUUAAAUUAUUGGAGUAGAUUUCUUCCCUC